AUGCCCAUCAACUACUCAAAAUGGGACCACAUCGAAUUGUCGGACGACUCCGAUAUUGAGGUCCACCCCAAUGUUGACAAGCGGUCGUUCAUCCGCUGGAAACAACAGGAUAUCCGGGAAAAGCGGGCGCAACGGAACCAGGAAAUCAAGACGUUGUUGGUGCAAUUGACCAUGUACAAGAAGCUUAAUGACCGCGUCGACUACUUAUUGGAAACCCUCAAACCGGAAGAGUUAUUGAACAAUAAGAAGGUGUUGGACACGUUGAAACAGAAAUAUGAUCCCACCGAAAAUUUCAACUAUGAACGCAUCAAGAAAGAACAAGGUGAUGAUCUUCGUAAAGGGUUGCGUGAUCUUGAAUUCGACCAAGCGGAAAUGGAAAAUACCCCGCCUUAUAACGAAAUGAUCGAAGACCUUUUGAUUCAAAUUAAGGAUGAGAAGCCUGACGUCGCCGCCGAUAAACUGGGCCAAAAAUUAGUGCAAGAGCUUAAGGACCACCGUAAGAAGAUCGAUGACGUCAUGCUGACGCAAACGGUUAAAUUGGAUAACGUGUUACACGAAAAGGCCCAGCUUAUCACUCCUGAUGACUACCACACCGGCUUUGACCGUUCUGUCUUGAACAAGGGCACGCUGCUGAAGCUGGCUCCAGCAACUUCUACUGAAACUCAACAAUCGAUUGAAGUGAUUAACCUGCCGUCAGCUUCGGCCGCGGCGCCGAAGAAGAAGUAUGAACCGAAAGCGAUCCUUGAUGACCUCAUUUUGCUUCCAGAAACUCAAGAAUUUGGUGACAUCCCCGCCGACAAAUUGCGCCAACUGGCCGAGUUUAUGAUCUCUCACCCUGAGAUCUGUGUUGAACAACAAAAGGAUGCGCUCAUCAUGCUGGCGUUUGACGUCCAACUCGAAGGCCGCACUAAGGAAACCCGUCGCAUUGUCCACCAAUCGCUUUUGAUUCAGUACGUGGCCCAAUUGGCGGGUAACACUGCCAAGGCUAACCCUGACGCCACAGUGAGAGCAGUGAAGCUUUUCUUCUCUAAGCUUGAAGAGCCUGGUCCCGCUCGUACUGGGUUUUUCCAAGACGUCGACAACACCGUCAAGCACAUUGAAACCCGGUGCAAGAUUAUUGAACAAGAGCAAUUGGACAAGGAAGCCGGCGAGGAAGAGCAAUUGAUCCAGUUGAAGGCGUUGGAUGAAGGCACGGAGCUUACCGUCAAUUUGCCCGAAGAAGGCACUAAAGAGUACGAGAUCUUCUCGACAAAAUUACCUCAAGGGUUCCAAGACGCUAUUCGCGCACAACUGCUUGAUAAAGUGAAUGAAGAGUUUGCUAAGCUUAAGGUGGAAGAUGCCGAAAAGGUGUUGGACAUCUUCAACGAGUGUGGCGUGAUUGGUGUUUCCGGCUACUUGGAAAACGAAGACGAGUUCAAGGCGUUGCAAGAACAGCAGCAGCAACAGGCGUUGGACCAACAACAGCAGGAAGCUAAGCAGCAACGGGCGGCUAAGCAGGAACAAGAGUUUAACACUCAGGACGAAGUCGAUUAA